GAAGCUCACUCACUGACUUCACUUUAGCAGACGAGGGUCUGAGUGAGGUGCUUGUUGCGUUGUGGGGAAGACCCCUAUUCAUUUCGUAAUCGCAGAACAUUCGAACCAGAGAAGAGAACGAUGACUAUAUGGAACUACGUCGUCACAGCUCACAAACCCACCAACGUCACCCACUCCUGCGUCGGCAAUCUCAUCAUCGCGAAAUGCACGCGCAUCUAGAUUCACCUGCUUUCUCCCCAAGGCUUGCAGGUUAUUUUGCAUACCUUCUGAGCAUUUAUUGAAGCAAAGUUUGGAUUAUGAUAACUACAAGUGCAAAGGGCAUCUUUCUGUGCUAGUUAUGCUAUCUGUAAUCGGUUUAUAGUAUGUUUCAUUGGCUUUUUGGUAUUGCAAGAAAUUUUGGUUUUGUUCGUGGUUAUCAACAAGGAUACAUUUACCAGCAGAAGUUUAGUCUUGUGAACAUAAAGUUGAAAUGGGUGAAAGAUAGGACAUUGGAUGCUCUUGUUACUGGUCAGAGGGAUCUUAAGGCAGUUGGGAUUCUUGUCUCCAUCAUUUAUUCUUCUUCUGAAUGCUGCCUUCCAAUUUAUCAUCUUUCUCGCCACCGUGGACAACUUGGUCUUCCCAGUGACCUCAAACUUUCCACCUUUAUAAGAAGAUAUCCCAACAUAUUUAAUGAGUCCUCUUUUCUUGAUAGUGGAGGCUCUCCUGUUCCGUGUUUCAGUUUGAGUCCUGAAGCCUUGGAGCUCCAUCAUGAGGAAGUCAACAUCCUUCAGCAAAAUCAGUUGGAACUCAGGGAUAGGCUGUGCAAACUGCUUAUGCUCACAAGUGAUAGGAUCCUUCCACUACAAACCAUUGACCAGUUAAAAUGGGACUUGGGUUUACCAUACGAUUACCAGCAUUCUUUUGUUCCAAAUCAUCCUGAAAGUUUCUUAUAUGUUCGCCUUCCUGAUGAUCGUAUUGGCCUGAAAUUGUUAUUUUGGGAUGACAAGCUUGCCAUCCCUGAGUUACAGAAGAAUACUUCUCUACAACAAAAGGCAGAAGACAUAAAAAAUGGAUCCUUAGAAUUUCCAAUUAGUUUCACCAGGGGUUUUGGUUUGAAAAGAAAAUGCAUGGAGUGGUUGAAAGAGUGGCAGAAACUCCCUUAUACUUCACCUUACAUCAAUGCCUCUCAUUUGGAUCCCCGUACUGAUGUAUCUGAGAAAAGGAUAGUUGGAGUCUUCCAUGAGCUCCUUCAUCUCACACUCCAUAAGCAAACCGAGCGCAAGAACGUUAGCAACUUGCGUAGACCCUUGGCCUUACCUCAGAAGUUUACUAAAGUAUUUGAGCGUCAUCCUGGUAUUUUUUAUAUUUCCAAGAGGAGUGAUACCCAAACAGUUGUUCUUAGGGAGGCCUAUAAUGGUCAGGAACCUGUGCAGAAUCAUGCCCUUGUACAAAUUAGAGAGGAAUUUGCAAGCCUGUUGAAGAAAGGGCUAUUGGAUAGGAGUAAGGGUGUAUACAAAAAAAGCAGACACACUAAUUUGGUGGAGGGUUUGAGAAAGGAGGUUUGCAUUGCUAAAAAAACUAACCAGUUUAGUUCUGAGGAUGAAUCAGAUUCCAUGUUUUUCUGAAUAUGAUUCGGAUGGCCCUCCACAAAACCCUUGCUGAUAUAUGUGAAUGUGAUAUUUCUCUUUAGCCAUUAUGUUAAAGUGGUUUGGCUUAGUGACAAUCUUGAAAUCUGGCCUAGAUGGGGGAUGUUUGCAUAUUACUAUUUUUCACCCACUUUUGCCUCUUGUGAAGAUCUGUCAAUAACCAAAUAUGUCAACAAUGCUGUCUUCUUAGCAA